AUGGAGUGGAAUCAGUGUCUUGUACAUUGUCCCAGUACCUCCAAAACUAAUGCGAACUUUAGAAAACAUUUCAGCUCACACAUACACAAAGCAACACCUAAAGAUGUGUGUGACACACUUAAAGUGGACAACCGCUUUACAGCAUUACCAAGACAGAAGAAACUCAUGCUGCUGAAAUAUCUCCUGGAAUCGGAUGCGUACAAGCACCUGUACAGUCUGUGUCUUCUGCCAGUGGCUGACGGUAACUUUGUGGAUUUUGGAGCAGAUGCAGGUGUGUUCAUUUGCUACCCACAAGAGGAUGCCAAACUUUUCCCAGGACUUGAAAGACAGUUGGUCUCGCUGGACCUUCCUGAGGAAUUACAACAAGCUCUGCGGAAACGGGCUUCUGCUGGAUGGCAAGGUCUUUCUGUGAUGUCACCUGAUGCAUUCCCCAAUCUGCUCCAGGAAUGUCUGUUGAGGCAUUUCCGGGAAGGUAAUGCUGAACUGCCUUCUCCAUCCCUUGAUGUCAACUGGCUCAGGCAAGUGUGGACCUAUAUUACAGCCCAUGGAAUUGAUGUUGAAAAAUAUUUCAGUGGUUUUCCCAUCAUGCCAGACAUUGAUGGCUUCGGCAGAGGAAAACUACUCCGCAUUGAUGAGGUCUUCAUAGCUCAGUCCGUCAGGCACUCUGAGUCACUCCCACAGAAUGUUGGUGCAGCACUGCAGAAACUAGGCAUUAUACAUUUGAUGUAUGUCCCUGAUUUUGUCCUCAACAAUCCUCAUGUUCUUGGGACAAUUAUUCAGUAUUCGACACCAGUGGGUGUUGUAAGAGCAUUAGAGACAGUAUAUACCAGAAAACGUAACACAGCUGUACAACUGUUCAAUGCUGAAUCCUCCAAAGAGGAAAGGUCUGCUUUGGUUACAUAUCUGAGCUCCUGCCAGUUGAACGAUGGAACUAAAGCUGUGUUGAGGAAGUUAAAGCUAUUUACUGCAACAGACAACAGUGAUUGCUCAGUGGAAACCUUGUAUACUCUAGCCCCUGAUGAACAAAUACCAGUAUCCUACCCUGAGAGGUACAUCCAGUGUUCAUCUGCUGCAGUCAGACCCCUGGCACUGACGCUCGGGGCAACUGCAACCCCGUUUCUUCAUGUUUGUCAACAGAUCCUUCAGCUGAUGCAGCACAGGAGUAUGCAAUACACAGAAAGUCAAAAGGUAGAGUUUAUGGAGUUUCUGAUGGAGAAACACAUGCCUGUUGUGAAUGAAACGAGGCAAAUUGCUUCGGCAGUACAGUUCCUUUCAUCCAGUGGAGGGUCUUCUAGUCUGAGGGCUUGUGAUCUGUUCAGCCAAGACGAUCCAUUCCUGAGAGCCUUGUUCCUUGAAGAGGACAAAUUCCCAGCAGAGACGCAUACACGAAAAGACAGACUCAGGAGAGGGUUACAAGUAAUUGGUCUUAAAAGUGUGAAAGAGAUCUCAGAAAGUGAUGUUAGAACAUCAGCAAUGAAAAUUGAGGAGCUUGUUAGCAGAGGAAUGGAUUCUGAAGCAGAGCUGAAAGUAACAGCAUUCAUCACGUUCCUCGAGAGGAGCAUAGACAGAAUGGACCCAAUGAAAACUAUCUGAUCUUCAGCAUCAGAA